AUGACGGUGGGUGAGCUGAUGAGGAUCCAAAUGGGGAUUUCUGACGCUAUGGACUCUAGAGUCAGGAGAGCUCUGCUUGGGAUUUCUGCUGCUCAGUUUUAUGAUGGUGAAACAGUUUACAUUUUAGGAUUACUUGAAAAAUCCAGAAUGCGUUAUGUCAAAGCAAGCUUUAAACUAUACUUCGUAGAGAAAUGUUCUCUUGCCAGACAAUCUGGCAGCCAACCUUUAAACCAGUAUUCUGUUUUGGUCAACCAAGGAAUUAGAAUUGUCAACUUCUCUUCUUUCCUGUAUCCUGAAGUUUCAAAAGAAAUACUCUGUUACUACAUUGGAAAAUCACUUGUUGGAAUGGCAGAGGUUGAAGCAGCCAUACAAGAAAUGUUCCAGGCACCUCAUAUUCAAGUGAUGAAAACUUCUUCCAGGCUGAGUAAAAUAUUUUUGACUGCCAUGGUGUAUGAACUCUACAAAACAGGAAUGGGGGAAACUACUUUUGAAAAGUUGGCAAUGACAGUCUCAUGCCUCUGUACAAGCAACGGAGAAGCAUUUCCUGGACAUGACAUGCUAUUAAAAAUUGGGCAAGCAACCCUAACAAGGUACGAAGUGAAUAUAAAUCAUUCUCAGGGUAAAGUGCUGCCUAGUGUAAGAGUUUCAUAUCCAGGUCUUCUACUUAAACCUGACGAACCAAAUUUGAUUAUAAUGGCAAAACCAGCAGGUGACCCUAGUAAGAGAGAUCAGCCUGCAGGGAUGGAUGAGGACUAA